GGCACCCUAUGAAACCUCACACUUCCAGUUAACCCGCAUGCUAUAAUUUAUGAGGAAGUCUCCCUCCUGCACCACCAACCCGCUCACGUUUCACUUCCAUCUCACCUCACCUAACUUCCAAAAAAACACACUCCACCACUGCACACGGUCCGUCAGCUUCAUGGUAUUCAUCUCACCCCAGAGCCCCGAGGAUCCCUCAUCCUAGCCCAUCAUCCUCUCCAUUGCACUGAACACAGUUUCGGAUAUGCCUCCCCUCAUCGCCAGCCAUCCCAGCGACUCGCACCUCCUCGACGUUCCGGACGAGGAGCAUCAACGAGGACGAAAGCGGCGUCGCAGUUCCGUAAACUCCCCACCACCACCACCGUCCAGCGGUUCCACUGCAUUUCGAGGCCGAAGACGCCACCGGUCAGUGAGUCAAUCUCAGAUAUCCUCUCAGGAAGAUCCCGUGACAGCCGGGGAGAAGACUAGAUCGCAGUCAUGGUCGGGACGCACGUCAUCCCGCGGCAGGCGCCAAAAGCAGAGGCCCCAGGUGCCGAGUACCAAGAAGCGACGGAGUCAGAGUCCAUCACGUUCGAGAGGUAAGGGGGAGGAGGAGCGCUCUCCUAGACCUAGGCGGAAGCGGACGAGGAGCCGAAGCCGGAACCACGACGCUGAGAGGCGCGGUAGUAAGGUAGAAGACUGUUAAUGCUAAGCUUGAAUGGCUCCUGGGUGCAAUGGGAAGUUUUAGGUAUGGCGUUCAGUGCCUGGGAGCUCGGCGUUUGUCCAGGACGCAUACGGUAUGGUUUAAGGGGCAUGGGCUGAAAUCGGCUUCUACUUCUAAGAUGGACUGUGUAUACUUUACAAGAAGAUCACUUGCUGUGGAAGCUUGUAAACGGGCACAAGUUGAAACCAUUUCCAAAUCUCUCUCGGAAUCGCCAUAUUAGUGAUAUU